AUGUCCCAUAAUAGGUCCCAUUCUUCUACCCUUUCCCGGUAGUCAAUGACUAUUCAUAGCUAUUACCUUGACACCAAAGAAGAGUUCGACCCAAUGCUUUAUUUCUGUCCUAGUUGAUCCUAAUUCGACAUUAGAAGUAUAUUGAUUUUUCAGCAAUAACCGAAUACUUUUGUCUGUAACUACGAAAUAUUUGAUUCCAUCCAUAUAUUUUAUUCCCUAUGAGUUCUAGUCUCAAUAAGACUGUUAGGUCUUACUGUUCAUAUGUUAUGAUAUGAAUGUACCACACCAAUUCGUUAUGUAUGGAUGAUGAGAUUCCAUUGACAAAGAGCCAAUUUUAAUAGACUUAUUGGAGGGUCCCAUUGGCGUGCAUCUAGUAGGAAUUGAACCUACGAAUUUGCCAAUUAUGAGUUGGGUGCUUUAACCAUUCAGCCAUGGAUGCUUAGCGGGGAUCCUCGUACAUGGUGAAUAACCAAAUUCCAAUUAAAAUGAAAUCUUUAGGGUAAAUCAAUGCAAUUUAGGAGGACUUAAUCUUAGUGAAAGGACAUCAAUUCAAAUCCUGGAUUUUCGAAUUGAGAGAGAUAUUGAGAGAGAUCAAGAAUUCUCACUAUUUCUUAGAUUCAUGGACCCAAUUGAAUUCAGUGAUAUCUUUCAUUCACAUCUUUUUCUAUCAAGAACGUUUUAUAAAACUCUUGGACUCCCGAAUUUGGAGUAUCCUACUUUCACGCAAUUCACAUUUACAGGGUUCAACGAGCAAUCGAUAUUUCACGAUCAAGGGUGUAGUACUAUUUGUAGUAGCAGUCCUUAUAUAUCGUAUUAACAAUCAAAAGAUGGUCCAAAGAAAAAAUCUCUAUUUGACAGGGCUUCUUCCUAUACCUAUGAAUUUCCUUGGACCCAGAAAUGAUACAUUGGAAGAAUCUUUUCGGUCAUCCAAUAUAAAUAGGUUGAUUGUUUCGCUCCUGUAUCUUCCAAAAGGAAAGAAAAUCUCUGAGAGCUGUUUCCUGGAUCCAAAAGAGAGUACUUGGGUUCUCCCAAUAACUAAAAAGUGUAUCAUGCCUGAAUCUAAUUGGGGCUCUCGAUGGUGGAGGAACUGCCUCGGAAAAAAGAGGGAUUCUAGUUGUAAGAUAUCUAAUGAAACCGUCGCUGGAAUUGAGAUCUCAUUCAAAGAGAAAGAUAUCAAAUAUCUGGAGUUUCUUUUUGUAUAUUAUAUGGAUGAUCCGAUCCGCAAGGACCAUGAUUGGGAAUUGUUUGAUUUUCUUUCUCCGAGGAAGAGGCAAAACAUAAUCAACUUGAAUUCGGCACAGCUAUUCAAAAUCUUAGUGAAAGAUUGGAUUUGUUAUCUCAUGUUUGCUUUUCGUGAAAAAAUACCAAUUGAAGCGAAGAGUUUCUUCAAACAACAAGGAGCUGGGUCAACUAUUCAAUCAAAUGAUAUUGAGCAUGUUUCCCAUCUCUUCUCGAGAAACAAGUUGGAUAUUUCCUUGCAAAAUUGUGCUCAAUUUCAUAUGUGGCAAUUCUGCCAAGAUCUCUUCUUUAGUUCGGGGAAGAAUCCGCACGAACCGGAUUUUUUGAGGAACAUAUUGAGAGAGAACUGGAUUUGGUUAGACAAUGUGUGGUUGGAAAACAAGGAUCGGUUUUUUAGUAAGGUACGGAAUGUAUCGUCAAAUAUUCAAUAUGAUUCCACAAGAUAUAGUUUCGUUCAAGUAACGGAUUAUAGACAAUUGAAAGGAUCUUCUGAUCGAUCCAGAUAUCAUUUUGAUUCCAUUAGUAAUGAGGGUUCAGAAUAUCACACAUUGAUCAAUCAAAUAGAGAUUCAACAACUAAAAGAAAGAUCAAUUCUUUGGGAUCCUUCCUUUCUUCAAACGGAAUGAACAGAGAUAGAAUCAGACCGAUUCCCUAAAUGUCUUUCUGGAUAUUCCUCAAUGUCCCGGCUAUUCACGGAAUGUGAGAAGCAGAUGAUUAUUCAUCUGCUUCCGGAAGAAAUCGAAGAAUUUCUUGGGAAUCCUACAAGAUCCAUUCGUUCUUUUUUCUCUGACAGAUGGUCAGAACUUCAUCUGGGUUCGAAUCCUACUGAGAGGUCCACUAGAGAUCAGAAAUUGUUGAAGAAAGAACAAGAUGUUUCUUUUGUCCCUUCCAGGCGAUCGGAAAAUAAAGAAAUAGUGAAUAUGUUCAUGAUAAUUACAUAUUUACAAAAUACCGUCUCAAUUCAUCCUAUUUCAUCAGAUCCGGGAUGUGAUAUUGUUCCGAAGGAUGAACUGGAUAUGGACAGUUCCAAUAAGAUUUCAUUCUUGAACAAAAAUCCAUUUUUUGAUUUAGUUCAUCCAUUCCAUGACCAGAACAAGGGGGGAUACACGUUACACCACGAUUUUGAAUCAGAAGAGAGAUUUCAAGAAAUGGCAGAUCUAUUCACUCUAUCAAUAACCGAGCUGGAUCUGGUGUAUCAUAAGGGAUUUGCCCUUUCUAUUGAUUCCUACAGAUUGGAUCAAAAACAAUUCUUGAAUGAAGUAUUCAACUCUAGGGAUGAAUCAAAAAACAAAUAUUUAUUGGUUCUACCUCCUAUUUUUUAUGAAGAAAAUUAAUCUUUUUAUCGAAGGAUCAGAAAAAAAAAUGGGUCCGGACCUCCUGCGGGAAUGAUUUGAAAGAUCCAAAACCAAAAAUAAUGGUAUUUGCUAGCAACAACAUAAUGAAGGCAGUUAAUCAAUAUAGAUUGAUCCGAAAUCUAAUUCAAAUCCAAUAUAGCACCUAUGGGUACAUAAGAAAUGUAUUGAAUCGAUUCUUUUUAAUGAAUAGAUCCGAUCGCAACUUCGAAUAUGUAAUUCAAAUGGAUCAAAUAGGAAACGAUACUCUGAAUCAUAGAACUAUAAUGAAAUAUAUGAUCAACAAACAUUUCUCAAAUUUGAAAAAGAGUCAGAAGAAAUGGUUCGAUCCUCUUAUUUUUAUUUCUCGAACCGAGAGAUCCAUGAAUCGGGAUCCUAACGCAUAUAGAUACAAAUGGUCCAAUGGGAGCAAGAAUUUACAGGAACAU